AAUUCUGGGCGCUGUGGUCCCGUCUAGGGGUCGGGGCGCUCCCUGGGUCUUUCCCGCCAGUGAGUCACAGCGAGCAGGGACCUCUGCUGUGCAUUCCUAGGCAGGCGGGGCCGGCACCCGGCUGGGGAGGUGAAACAGGCAGCUGGGACGUUGGGGCUGGAGGGGAGGCUCGGGGCUCCCGUCAGAGAGGCGCCGAGCAGCCCCCCUGCCCCCUCCAGCCUCCGAUAAGCGGUAGCCCCAGGCAGUGGGUAAGGGGCAGCCCGGGGCGGUCGUGGGGGGGGCAGCCCCAAGAGCUUGCCUGGGCAGGAGAGUGCCCGGCUCCGGGGCGUGUCUGGGACGUGGGGCGGAGUCCUUAUAAGGCCCACGCUGCGGCCCGCAGCAGAACCAGCGCAUUCGAUACAUCCUUUCGCGAUGGCUUCGAAACUCAUGAUGACUCCCGGAGAGAUUGUUCGUGAAGGGGAGCUGGAGAAGCGAAGCGACAGCCUGUUCCAGCUCUGGAAGAAGAAGCGCGGCGUGCUCACCGACGACAGCCUGCGCCUCUUCUCCGGCACCAGAGAGCGCGCUAAGGAGUUGCGCUUCCAUUCCAUCCUCAAGGUGGACUGCGUGGAGCACACCCGCAAGUACGUGUACUUCACCAUCGUCACCACCGACUACAAGGAGAUCGACUUCCGCUGCACCGGCGAGAGCUGCUGGAACGCGUCCAUCACCCUGGCACUGAUCGACUACCAGAACCGCCGGGCGGUGGAAGGCUUCCGCCGCCACCGUUUUCAGCGCGCGGAGUCUGAAGCGGAGCCGGAGUCUCCGGAGCAACGCGCCCUGAGUCCGUGAAACGCACGGGACCAGUCGAGCCGGGAACCAACCCACGCGGCCGCGUCAAACAGGAUCCCAGGAGCCCAGCAGAUGCCCCGGGCGACGCCGCUGCUCUUCGCUGAAGAUUUUCCCGUGCUUGCUGAGCCUCGCCCCGCUGUGCGGGCGCGCUAACUUAUUGGACUGUAUUUAUUUUGAUGGUCGUCAACUGUCAACCCACCGUUCCGUCUUAAUAUUUUUUUAUACUGUAUUUUCAUUCCAAAUAAAACAAUGCCAUUUCUCUUUUUUU